GUGAGCGAGUGAAUUCUGCAAGGAUGGAGAAUUUUCCAGAAAGUUCAAAAGCAAAGCAAUAUAAACGGCGGAGGAGGUUUCCGCGCGAGCUUUGUUAAUUCGGCGAGAGUAGCUUAGUACUGCGCUGUUGCGCGAUAUUAUUGCUGGGAAAGAAAACAAUUAUACAGUGGUUUAUAGGAUUAAGCAAGUAGGUUUCCUGGACUUGAGACAUGUCAGUUGUUGGAUUUGAUAUUGGAAUUCAGAACUGUUACAUCUCUAUUGCCAGAGCCGGAGGAAUUGAAGCGAUUACAAAUGAAUUUUCCGACAGGUGCACGCCGUCUGUGGUGUCUUUUGGGGAUAAGCACCGAGCUAUUGGCAUUGCUGCCAAAAACCAGCUGAUUACCAAUGCCAAGAAUACUAUUUCAGAUUUCAAAAGUUUUCUUGGAAGAUCUUUUCAGGAUCCUGGUGUGCAGAAGGAAGUAGGCAAUGUUGCCUAUGACUUGGUUCCAAUGCAAAGUGGAGGAGUAGGAAUAAAGGUUAUUUAUAUGAAUGAGGAACACAUAUUCAGUGUUGAACAGAUCAUGGUAAUGCUUCUUACAAAACUAAAGGAGACAGCAGAAAGCAAUUUAAAGAAACAAGUAACAGACUGUGUGAUCUCUGUACCUUUGUUUUUUACGGAUGCGGAAAGAAGGUCAGUGAUGGAUGCAGCUCAGAUUGUCGGCCUGAAUUGUCUCAGACUAAUGAAUGACAAUACUGCUGUUGCCUUGGCCUAUGGCAUUUAUAAGCAAGACCUGCCAGGACUAGAGGAAAAGCCCAAGAUUGUUGUGUUUGCCGAUAUGGGACAUUCAGCAUUCCAAGUGUAUGUCUGUGCUUUCAACAAAGGCAAACUAAAGGUAUUAGCUACUGCAUUUGACCCAUACCUUGGUGGGAGGAAUUUUGAUGAAAAACUAGUGGAUUAUUUCUGUGCUGAUUUUUUGUCAAAAUAUAAACUGGAUGUAAAAUCUAACAAGAGAGCUCUUUUACGCCUUUACCAAGAAAGCGAGAAGCUUAAAAAGCUAAUGAGCAGCAAUUCUACAGAUAUCCCUUUUAAUAUUGAGUGCUUCAUGAAUGACAAGGAUGUUUCUGGAAAAAUGAACAGGUCAUUGUUUGAAGAAUUAUGUGCUGACCUUUUGGAAAGAGUUAAAUCCCCUCUCAGUGCUAUAAUGGAACAAUCUCAGCUUGGUCCGGAAGACAUAAGUGCUGUGGAAAUUGUAGGUGGAGGAACCCGCAUCCCAUCUGUUAAAGAAAGAAUAAGCAAAUUUUUCAAAAAAGAUGUCAGCACUACACUUAAUGCAGAUGAAGCAGUGUCCAGGGGAUGUGCUCUGCAGUGUGCAAUACUUUCACCUGCAUUUAAAGUGAAGGAGUUUUCUGUGACUGAUGCAGCACCCUUCUCUAUCUCUCUUAAAUGGAGCACAGAAGCAGAUGAAGCAGAAGGGAACUAUGAAGUAUUCUGCAAAAACCAUGCAUUGCCUUAUUCAAAAGUCAUAACAUUUUAUAGAAAAAAUCCAUUUGUAUUGGAAGCAUUUUAUACUCAUCCAAACUUGGUGCCAUUUGCAGAAUCCAAAAUAGGUCAGUUUCUAGUGCAGAAUGUAGCUCCUCAGGAGGAUGGUCAAAAGUCUAAAAUAAAAGUUAAAGUACGAAUAAAUACACAUGGGAUAUUCAGUGUCUCAACUGCAUCAAUGAUCCAAAAAUGCAAAACAGAAGAAAGUGACGAUACACUAAUUGAUGAAGUGGAAGAUGAUUUACAGUUAAACUGCCCUGAAGUUUCAAAAACUGAAAAGAAGAAACUGCAAGGGGACAGUGAGGUUGAUAUAGAGCCCCAGGUACAGAAUGAUAAUCCAGAGAAUGAACAGUCGCCUCCUUCCCCUGAGCCUACUUCACAGGAAAUUCAUAAUGGGGUUAAUCAUCAGAAACCAAAUGGAGAAAUCAAAACCGAUCAGCCCCCUGAUGCUAAGAGACCUAAGAUUAAGGUUAAGACCAUUCAGUUACCAAUUGAAGCAAGUCUUGUGUGGCAACUGGGAAGAGAUCUUCUGAACAUGUACAUAGAGUCGGAGGGAAAAAUGGUAAUGCAGGAUAAGCUGGAGAAAGAAAGAAAUGAUGCUAAAAAUGCAGUGGAGGAAUAUGUUUACGAUUUCAGAGACAAAUUAGCUGGCUCUUAUUCAAAGUUUGUAAAUGACGAGGACCGAACUAAGUUUUCUGCACUUUUGAGUCAGACAGAGGAUUGGUUAUAUGAAGAAGGACAAGACCAGCCUAAGUGUGUGUAUGUUGACAAGAUGACAGAAUUACAGAACUUGGGGACACCAAUUCAGAACAGGUAUUUGGAAGCCGAAGAAAGGCCCAGGGUGUUGGAAAAACUACAGAAUGCAAUUCAUCAUUACAUAAAAAUAGCUGAAGACUUCAGAAAUGGAGAUGAAAACUAUAUUCACAUUGAUGUGACAGACAUGGAGAAAGUUGAGAACUGCUACAAAGAGACAAUGGAAUGGAUGAAUAAUGCCAUAAAUGCUCAAGCAAGUGUUGUAAUUCACGAUGAUCCCGUGGUUCGGGUAGCUGAAUUUAGUGCAAAACUCAAGAACCUCAAAUCUGUUUGUGAUCCCAUUGUCAGCAAAUCAAAACCAAGGGUGGAAUAUCCUGCAGAAGAUAGAAAGGAACCAGAAGUCAAAUCAGAUACCAUAAUUCAAGAAGCUGAAACAAUCACAAUGGAGAACGACAGCAUAGAGAUCUCUGAACAAAGCGGCUGUGACCCGUAUGUGAACGGCACAACCAACAUGGACGUCGAGUAGGCUUAGAAGCUUCAAAAGUUUUUCUUUGAAGUAAAUUGAAGGUGACUGGGCUCUUCUGUUUCCAAAAUGGUGAAUGUGACAUGGUGGUAGGGAACUGGCCAAAUGAGUUUGUAAAUGUAUAAAAAGAAAAAAAAAAAAAGACAUAAGUAAAUAUUGACUUUAAAAUUCCUGUGGAAUUAUGACUGCUUAUGUGACUCAUGUAAAGCAUGAAGAAAAUGUUAUAUUCCAUAUUUAUUAUGCAUUUAUAUUAAUAGUAAAGGCGCAUUUGUUUAGCUGUUCAUUUUGUUUCUGCAUUUUUGAAAUGACAUUUCACUGAAAUAAAAACAUCCUUUGCGUACUGAAGUCAUGGUUCCUUAAUUUAUUUUUUUAUGCUCCUUAUUAAUGGGAUGUAACCAAUAAUUAAAAUUUUCAUUUAAAGUUGUGGUACUUUUGAGGCUUCUUAGGAAAUUGCGUUUGAACUUAUAUAGGGGUGUGGUGAUGCGCGUUAGGUGUCCAUGGCAGUGUGUGAGUUUUUAAAAAAUGAAAGCAGUGCAU